AUGGAGGAGAUGGCCUCCCGAAUAUCAAGCCUUGAGAAAUCUCUUGCUAAGUCGCGAGGGCAAAGCCACCUUACACAGCCAACGACUCUUGAUUCGAAAACCACAAGUAUGGUACCCAGGACCCAGCAUGGAAAAGCAGGGGAGGUAUCUAGAGAAGAUAUCCUCGUUCAAAAGGGGUCAUCGAGUCAGUACUUCAACGAGGUUUUGCUGUCCAGAGUUCUAGAGGAGGUGAGUCUUGCCAGCAUUCAUUGCAUGUUACAGAACGACACAUUGGAUCUGCCCUCGCAACACCUCCAACGACAACUCCUAGACCUGUGGACCAGUCAGCUUCUCUUCAGCGCGCUGGGCAUCCUGUCCUCCCCCUACUUCGCACAGGCACCUUCCGCAUCUCACCCUCCGAAACCGGUGGCCGUGAAACUAUGGAACAUAUACAUCAACAAUGUGGACGGUUGUGCAGGCCUGAAACUACUACAUCUUCCGACGGACGAAGUCAAGGUAUACUCGACCAUCGACAAACCCGAUGAAGCGCCAAUGGAUUAUCACGCACUAUGCUUAGCCAUCUACUUCGCGGCAGUGGUCUCGCUCGACGACGCAGAAGCCCAGGUCAUUCUGGGAGGAGACAGGAUUGCUCAUCUAUUCAACUUCAAGAUCGGUCUGGAGCAAUCUUUCGCUCAAGGGGACUUUCUAGAUCGUCCAACGUUGACCGGACUUCAUGCGUUGGCCAUAUAUCUGUCAGCUCUGCGGGUCCACAACCGCGGCAAAGGCAUCUGGAUUCUGAACGGCCUCGCCAUUCGCAUUGCGGAAUCGCUGGGCAUACAUCGCGAUGGAGGCCGGCUUGGCCUGUCCCCAUUCCAGUCCGAGAUCCGCCGCCGCCUUUGGUGGCACCUGCUCAGCCGAGACGGCCGCGCCGGCGAGGACUACGGCCUGGAAGACGAUUUUCUCAAGCAGUACGCCUGGGCCAGGAAAGCGUACCCUCAGUACCAUGUCACGAUGUACAUUCUGUGGCAUCUGUGCGUCAAGCCCAAGGGGCCCAAUGUCGACAGAGCAUGGCAAGCCGUAGACACGCUGUUCUCUACUGAGCUGUGGAACGAGACGACCUCCGGGUUUGGGCCGAAGUCGGCGGUGCUAGAGGCCCUGAGGCUCAAAGCUGUCUCUUUGAGAGACAAGGUUCGGCAUUGGCAUCCGAACAGUACUUUGACGUGGGAUGGAGGAGGUGGCAACGGCCACGGCAGCGGCCAUGUGGCUGUAGCGACGCCGGCAGAGGGUAUGCCUGCGGACUUGAUCACGGAGACGGGCUCGAUGGGCAGUGGUAAUCCCGGCGUCUGCUUCGACAUCGCUAGCGAUGAAUGGCCGAAUUGGGUUACAUUAGCCCAGGGGUUUCAACCUGAAGGGCAGGGAUUAUUCCCUAGUAUCUACUGGCAAUGA